GGUUUCUAUCCAUUUUACUUUUCUCUUCUUUGUAGACAAAUUAAAGCAUCUAGAUUCAAUCAAUUUUUUCACCUUAAUUAACUGAUUGGAUUCAAUAUUUCUUGGUUUUUCUAUCACUUUCUUGUAAAAAUUAUCUGGCUCUAUUCAUUUUCCAGCAGGGAAUUUAUCCCUCUUAUAUAUAUAUACCCACCUCUCUCUUUCAUUUCCAGAUCCUCGAUCCCUUCGCACCAAUGACCACCGCUACUCUUACAACCGCCCUCCUCGUCUUAUCCACUCUCCUCUACUUCUCUACAACCACCUAUGCCAUCGGAGUAAACUAUGGAACUCUAGCCAACAACCUGCCACCACCUUCCCAGGUGGCCAACUUCCUCAAAACACAAACAAUCAUAGACAGCAUCAAAAUCUUUGACACUAAUCCUGAUAUUCUUCGAGCUUUUGCCAACACUAACAUUUCCGUCACAGUCACCGUCGGUAAUGGUGAUAUUCCUGCUCUUUCCGACGAACGGGCUGCCCGCCGGUGGGUUGCUGACAACAUUAAACCGUAUUAUCCACAGACAAGGAUUAAUCGGAUUGCUGUCGGAAAUGAAAUCUUAAUGUCUGCAGUGCAGGAUUGGAUUGCUCAUCUUGUGCCCUGCAUGAAAGCCCUCCACCACGCUCUUGUUCUUGCUGGAAUCAAGGAUGUGAAGGUCUCGACACCUCACACCCUCGGAAUCCUUUACAAUUCUGUACCACCAAGUGCUGCUCGGAUCAGGCCUGGUUACCAGAAAUCCAUAUUUGCACCCAUGCUUGCGUUUCUACGUGAAACCAAAUCGCCUCUCAUGGUUAAUCCAUACCCUUAUUUUAGCUACGCUCCAAAAGUGGCAAAAUACAUUCUUUUCCAGCCAAACCGUGGCAUCCAUGACAGAUUCACCGGCAUCACCUAUUCUAACAUGUUUGAUGCGAUGAUGGAUGCCGUUUACUCUGCGAUUAAAGCAAUGGGCUAUUCUGAUGUGGACAUUUUGGUGGCUGAGACCGGUUGGCCCUCCGCCGGUGACCCGAACCAGCCGGCUUGUACGGUGGAGAAUGCGAUUGCUUAUAAUGGGAAUUUGAUCAAGCAUGUCACUUCAGGGAAAGGUACUCCGUUGAUGCCAAACCGGAGGUUCGAGACGUAUCUUUUUGCCUUAUUUAAUGAGAAUCUGAAACCUGGAACUUCUGCCGAGAGGAAUUGGGGUUUGUUCAGGCCAGAUUUUAGCCCUGUUUACAAUGUUGGGAUCUUGCGCAAUGAACAGACCAAUGCACCAAAUCCAAAACCAACGCCAAUACCAACUCCAGCAGGGAAGAAAUGGUGUGUGCCAAAACCACAAGCUAAUGAUCAACAAUUGCAAGCAAACAUAGACUACAUAUGCAGCCAAGGUGUAGAUUGCAAGCCCAUCCAAGCUGGUGGUGUCUGCUUUGAUCCAAACAAUGUCAGGUCCCAUGCAUCAUUUGUUAUGAACUCCUUCUAUCAGACCCAUGGCCGGAAUGAUUUCAACUGUGAUUUCUCUCAAACCGGUGUCCUCACCACAGCUGACCCAAGUCACGGGACAUGUAAAUACAUUUGAGAUAAUGAGAUUAAGUUUAGGCCUUCAAUGCCUGUUGGGAGGAGCGAUGCCCUUAUAACCAAAAUCAGAGGAAAUUUAGGCAUUUAAUUUAUCUGUUCAUUCUUUUUGUUUUGAGUUAUUAUACAUGCAAUCAAGGCUGCAGUAUUGUAAUUGCCCUGCUAAAGCUGCAAUUCUUACCCCAAGAAAAAGCAUUGUUGCCUAAACGCAUAUUGACAUGAAUAAUUUACACAGAAUUAUAGAUUCUUCA